CCAUGCCACUGCCAACCAUUAACUUCAUAACACCUUCUACCUCAUACGCAUGGCAAUACUACAAUCAUGGCGCGUGGCAAAGUUUCCUUCUUUCUCUCUCUUCUUAUUUUACUCUCUGAAAUUUCCUACUUCAACUUCCUCUAUGAGCCGUUGAGAGUAUUUCAGUUUGGAUUUACCCUCCAUCUUCACAACAUUCUCUGUUCAACUCUGUUCUCUCAUUACUGUUUUUAAAUACUAUUUAUUGUUCAGUGUCCCCAUUUAAAGUUUUGGCCUUUGCCCUUUAUGAUGAUCCAUUGAUCAAAUUUAUGUAUCUCUUUCUCUCUCUACAACAAGAUGCUAUGUUUCUUCUUCUCUGGACUCACCCUCAUUCUCUUCCAAUUGUUUCACUACCAACAAUUAGUGAGAGGUGAAGCAUUAUAGUUUUUGUUUUGAGAAAAAUGCAUUGUGGGGCUUCAAAUAAGUGAUAGAGAUUUGGUAGCAAGAAAUGGAGCAAACGCGGCGCUGGCACGACGUGUUCUGGUUAGGAACAUUUGUUAUCCAUUUGGUUGGUUUGGGUUUGGUUCUCGGGGUUUUAGGCCUAAAUAGGUUCAAGCAAAAGAACAGGCUUGACAUUGAUAAGUACACCUACCGGUUCAUGGAAAAUGAAGCUGGUUUGACGGAGGAUUACUGGCCGCUUUAUGCAGUGGCAGGAGGCAUUGGAACCGCCCUUGGAUGGAGUUGGUUGUUGCUGUUAGGCUCACGCGCUACCCAGAUGAUGAAAGUGUCUGUGCACAUCCUCACCACUUACCUUGCAGUGAUCAGUGUUUUGUGUUUCUGGGCUGAGCAGUUUUUCUGCGGCGUUGCCUUUGCUAUUGGGGCAACCUUACAGUUCUUGUAUGUGAUUUCUGUCAUAGACAGACUACCAUUUACAAUGUUGGUUCUGCAAAAGGCUGUCAAGAUGGUAUGGAAUCUUCCUGAAGUUAUGAGAGUGGCAUAUGCAUUUAUGCUUGUUGUGCUUUUAUGGAUGGCUUUAUGGUCAUUUGGAGCUGCUGGUGUUGUGGCUUCAAGCAUAGGUGAUGGUGGACGCUGGUGGCUUCUUGUGGUCCUCUCUGUAAGCUUGUUUUGGACAGGAGCUGUGCUAUGCAAUACCGUGCAUGUCAUAGUGUCUGGGACUGUGGUUCGUGUUACUAUCCAUGGUGGUAGAGAAGCUGAGUCAAAUCCUGCUAACUCCUUAAUGAAAUCUUUACAGUAUGCUUUAACAACAUCUUUUGGCAGCAUUUGUUAUGGAUCAUUAUUCACAGCUGCAAUUAGGACACUGCGAUGGGAGGUAAGAGGAAUCCGGUCAAAGAUUGGCAACAAUGAAUGUUUGCUUUGCUGUGUUGAUUUCCUCUUCCAUCUUGUGGAGACUCUUGUCCGAUUCUUUAACAAGUAUGCAUAUGUUCAGAUUGCAGUUUAUGGUAAAAGCUUUAACCGAUCUGCUAGAGAUGCAUGGGAGUUAUUCCAGUCAACUGGAGUUGAAGCAAUUGUGGCGUAUGAUUGUUCAGGUGCUGUGUUGCUAAUGGGGACCAUUUUUGGGGGCUUGAUAACUGGAACUUGCUCUGGCGUCUGGGCCUGGAUGAAAUGGAAUGAUAGGGCUUUUAUGAUUGGGUUGACAUCUAUGCUCAUGGGAAUGGUAUUGGUUGGAAUAGCUAUGGUGGUGGUGGAAAGUGCUGUUACAUCCAUAUACAUAUGCUAUGCAGAAGAUCCCUUAUUGAUUCAGAGAUGGGACACUGAAUUUUUCAACCACAUGUCUGAGACAUUGCACCAAAGACUUCAGCAUAGAAGUUCACGUGCGAGGGAAGUUUUAACCCACAAUCAGCUUGAUUCACGUAUUGGAGAACUCUCUUCUAUUUGAGGAAUCUCUUGAUGGUACACUACAAUGUCAAAUCCUUUAGUUUUAGGCUUUUUGUUUCAUUUUGUGGCUACAUGGUAACAGGGUAACUUUACAUUACAAGUUUGAAAUGGGCAUUUUGUACUUCUAAGAUAGCGAAAGAAAAAACUGUUCUUGGUUAUUGGCAUAAAUCAAUAUACUUAAUGUGCUCUACAAAAUGUACAGUUACUUGCCAAAGGCAUGUUUUAAAAUUUCCACAUGAUUACAUUUCAA